AUGGACACGGCCGAAGAUGAGCUCGAUCCUCUUGAUGCGUUCAUGCAAGAUUUAAACUCCAAUGCUCCUCGAACUAAUGACGCUCCCAGGCGCGGUGAGGCUAUGUUUGGUGAAGACGCAGAGCCAGACCUGGACGCAGUUGGGGAUGACCUCUUCUCUCUUGUGGUUAAGAAGAAGAAGAAGGAUAUUCCCGUAGUGGAUCACAGCAAGAUUGCUUAUGAGCCUUUCAGGAAACGCUUCUAUACCGAACCUUCUGAAAUCAGCGAGAUGAGCAAGGAAGAGGUUGCUGACUUGAGGCUAGAGUUGGACGGCAUCAGGGUAAAACCUGACAACGUCCCUCGACCUGUAGUCAAGUGGGCUCAAAUGGGCCUCUCUCAACAGACAUUGGACCUCCUCCAGCAGAUGAAUUAUGUGAAACCGACGUCCAUUCAAUGUCAAGCAAUCCCAAUAAUCUUGUCGGGCAAGGAUAUGAUCGGUGUUGCCAAAACAGGAUCCGGGAAGACACUUGCAUUCGGAAUGCCAAUCAUCAGACAUGCUCUCGACCAGCCGCCUCUGAAAAACCAGGAUGGGCCAAUUGCAUUGAUCAUGGCACCGACUCGUGAGCUUUCACUUCAGAUCAUGGCCGAACUGAAACCCUUUCUCAAAGCCCACGGUCUCAAAAUCGCGUGUGCCUACGGCGGAGCUCCGAUCUCUGAGCAAAUUGCGGCCAUCAAACGUGGGAUUCAUGUUCUUUGUGCAACCCCAGGUCGACUGAUUGAUUUGCUUCAAACCAACUCCGGGCGUGUCUUGCGACUAAACCGAAUCACAUAUGUCGUUAUUGAUGAAGCUGAUCGUAUGUUCGACAUGGGACUUGGACCACAAGUCAUGAAAGUACUGGGCAACAUCCGCCCAGAUCGACAGACACUCCUUUUCUCAGCGACGUUCCCUAAAAAUAUGGCGGAUUUAGCCCGAAAGUCCCUCACCCACCCCGCCGAGGUCAUCGUUGGCGGCAUGAGCGUGGUCGCUCCAGAGAUCACGCAAAUCAUAACCAUUGUUCCGAACAAUUCGAAACAGAAGAAGAUGGCUCAGGUUCUUCUUCACCUUGGUCAGCUCUUCUCUUCAGAUGAAGAUGCGCGUGCAUUGAUUUUCGUCGAGAGGCAGGAGUCGGCGGAAGAGCUCUUUAUGGAGAUCAUCCAAAAGGGAUACCCUUGCAAUACUAUUCACGGCGGCAAAGAUCAGCAGGACCGUACGGAUGCCAUUGACGAUUUCAAGAAGGGCGUUAUACCCGUCCUUAUUGCUACAUCGGUUGCUGCCCGCGGCCUUGACGUCCUUCAACUCAAACUGGUCAUCAACUACGAUUGCCCAACGCAUCUUGAAGAUUACGUGCACCGUUGCGGUCGAACCGGUCGAGCUGGCAACAAAGGCACUGCAGUCACACUUAUCGAGAAUCCCGGGCAAGAACGCUAUGCUUUCCACAUCGUUAAAGCGCUUAAGCAAAGCGGCCAGCCGAUCCCCGACGAUAUACAGAAAAUGGCUGAUGAAUUCUGGAAGAAAGUUAAGAACGGGGAGGAGAAAUGGUUCGACCCUGGAUUUGGUGGUAAAGGGCUUGACAAGUUGGAUGCUGUUCGCAACAUGGAGAAGCAGCGUGAAAAGCGCGCUCUCAAAGGUGCAUUCGACGACGGUGAUGACGACAGCGAACCCGAGCCUUUGCUUCCUACAGUGGCUGGCAAGACAGCCACGCCCGCGGCAGAGGGAUCUGGAACUGCUGCUCCAGUUGACGAUGAGCCUGCCUAUAUGAAACUCCUUCGCACCAAGGUUGUUGUUCAUAAGACGGAACGUCCGGAGCCCAACCGGCAUAUGAGCGUCAUGGAGCGCGUCAAGGCCGCUUCUCAAAAUGUUGGAGAUCGCCUGAGCAGGAAAGGCACGAUACAUCACGGUCAGCCCAUUGACAACAAAGGUCCCGAUGCUGGAGCAUUCCACUCUACCAUUGAGAUCAACGACUUCCCGCAGAAGGCCCGCUGGGCGGUCACCAACCGCACUAAUGUCUCCAAGAUCCUGGAAUCGACUGGUGUCUCUAUCACCACUAAAGGCACUUACUAUCCGCCAGGUUCGGGGCCCAAGGAAGAGAAGGAUCUGCCGCCGUUGUAUAUCCUUGUGGAGGGAGACACGGAGAACGUGGUUCAGGCGGCCAUGAUGGAAAUCACGCGUUUGCUCAGAGAGGCUGCCAUGACUGCGGAGGAGAGUGCCCCUCGUGCACCAGGUCGUUAUUCGGUCGUCUAG